AUGGCACCUCCGUGUCCGGUGCCGAUUUCGCAAGUCCCUGAUCGGCGGGAAGCUCCAAAUUCCGACCAGGGAGGGAGGACCUCAGCAGAUCUGGCGCUCGCACGCCCCACCUCUACCACGCAGCGGUCCGGUCAGCCGUCUACUCGACCCCAAUUCCCCAGCUCUGAGCCGGGGAAUAGCCAAGAAGCAACGGGGUCGGCCGCACCCAGGCCAGCUGAGGCCGGUCUGGCGGGUCCUUCGGGUCUUCAGGAGCGGGUGCCUUACGCUCCUGGAUGGGCUGUUUUCGAGGGCGACUCGGCCCUCGAUAAUGUACAAGUGGCGCGCGAAGUUCUUCGGGUCGCGCUGCUCCCGGCCGACCAGGCCAAAAUUCGGUCCAUGAACUACGGCGAGUUCAUGGACUCCGCUAUUUGCUCUUCCAUCCGACGCCUCCACGAGACCGAGACGAUGAUUCACAUCAUCCAGGACUAUCGGGACCGGGCCCGAAGGCAUCAAAGGGGGCGCGAGGAGGCCGAAACAAAGUUCCUCGCGUCUGAGGCCGAGCAGAAAGUGCUUCAAGCGAAGCUAGGGGCGGCCGAGGACGAGGUUCGGACUCUGGUCGCCGAACUUGAAGAGGAGAAGGGCGCGCACUCUUUGACUAGGUCCGAAGUGCGCGCCGCGGAGGCCCGCCGGACGGAGGCCGAAUCGUCGCUCGCUAUACGCGAGCAGGAGGUGGGGGAGGCUCGAAUAAAGGUCCGAGAUCUCGAGAUCCGUCUACUUGACGUGCAAUCUCUGCUCGCGGAUCGCGAAAGAGAAAUAAAGAUUUUGGAGCGAAGCCUGCUUCAACCAGGCGCUGGGGUCGAAAUCCCAGAAGCGGAGGCGGGGGUAGAGGUUCCAACCUCUGGCGGGACCGACCAGGAGGGUCAAGCUGAAGAAGGCGAGAUCGUUCUCGAGGUCACCGAGGCAGCUCCUAAAGCCACCGUGGGGGCCUCGGCCGCAGAAGAGCCAGCUGUUCCUGAAGUCGCCGGGCCUGAGCCCUUUGUGUAG